AUGAUUCUGCAAGAAGCUCUUGCUAGGGAUGUGUUUGUGGGAGGCAGAGGCAGAGAGAGAUAUUCCCAGAGCAUUUACGAUGUCUCCAAAGAACGAUCGCCGACUCAGAAUAACGGAGGAGUAUCUCGUCACUUGCUUCCUCCUAAUGACGAAGAGCACAACGAUCGGAUUCUCUCGUUGACUGCUCUCGCCUUCACAUUUUCGACAUCGCCCAACUACUGCCUAUUGGCCGCCGAUACCCUUUAG